CCGGCUGCAGUCACCGGUACCUCAGGCAGCGAGCGGCUCAGGAGAGCGCGAUGGCGGCGUUAAAGAAAGUGUGUGUGAUCGGCUCCGGUAACUGGGGUUCCGCCAUCGCUAAGAUCGUUGGUGCCAAUGCAGCCAAGUAUGAGAAGUUCGAUUCCACAGUCAACAUGUGGGUGUUUGAGGAGACGGUGAACGAUCGCAAGCUCUCCGAAAUCAUCAACACCGACCAUGAGAAUGUGAAGUACCUGCCGGGACACAAGCUGCCCACCAACGUGCGUGCCGUUCCGGACCUGGUGGAGUCGGUGAAAGGAGCCGACAUCCUGAUCUUCGUGGUCCCUCACCAGUUCAUCAUCCGAGUGUGCGACACCAUCAAGGACCACAUCAAAAAGGAGGCAGUAGGGAUGUCGCUGAUCAAGGGUGUGGAUACGGGUCCAGAGGGUCUCAAGUUGAUCUCUGAGGUCAUCAGGGCGAGGCUUGGCAUCUGCAUGACAGUCCUCAUGGGAGCAAACAUCGCCAGUGAGGUCGCUGAGGACAAAUUCUGUGAGACAACCAUCGGAUGCAAAGACAAAGCACAUGGUCCAGUUCUGAAAGAGCUGAUGCAGACAACCAACUUCAGAGUGACAGUGGUGGAAGAGUCGGAUGUGGUGGAGAUCUGUGGAGCACUGAAGAACAUUGUGGCAGUCGGAGCAGGCUUCUGCGACGGGCUGGGAUUCGGCGACAACACCAAGGCCGCCGUCAUCCGUCUGGGUCUGAUGGAGAUGAUCUCCUUCGCCAGAGUGUUCUGCACGAACUGCCCCGUCUCCGCCAGCACCUUCCUGGAGAGCUGCGGCGUGGCUGACCUCAUCACCACCUGCUAUGGUGGCCGCAACCGCAAGAUCGGCGAAGCUUUCGCUAAGACUGGCAAAUCGAUUGAACAGCUGGAAAAUGAGAUGCUGAAUGGUCAGAAGCUUCAAGGUCCAGCGACAGCAGCUGAGAUCAAUCACAUCUUGAAGCAGAAAAACUUGGUAGAAAGGUUCCCUCUCUUCACGGCUGUUUACCAGAUCUGCUUCAACGGUCAGCCAGUCACAGAGUUCAUCAGCUGCCUCCAGAACCACCCGGAGCACAUGUGAAGGACCAAAGACUUUUCCCUCCAAAGCUGCGGAACCUUGUUUCAGGAACUUGACUGCAAGAUCACUGCUGACACGCGAGUGUGUCGACAUUUCAGUGCCUUAAUGUUUUUACCCACCAUUUAAAAAAGAUGAAACUCCCAACCUCUACUAUUUAAUGGGAAUUCUUUGCAAUAAA